ACAGUGGAAUUCAAUUUCAUAAAUAGGUCAACGAUAAUGUGAUAGAAUGUAAACGAUGAAAAACGAAAAUAUAAGUUGUAAAUAUAAACAUAAACUACGCAUCAUAUUGUUAUGUGAAAGCUUUGUGUCAUGUAAUGGUGGGUGUUUAGGAAAAAAAUUGUAGAUAGUAGAAUUAGAAGUUAAUUAGUAGAGUUAGAUAAUGCAAUCCAAAUCAAAAUGUUUAUAUUUCCAUAUGAGCAGGAAAUGUGUAGGCAAAUAUUAAAUGUGAAUACUGAUAACUAAACGUAUAGAACACACAAUAUGUAUACCUUAAAGAAGUUUUAAUAAUAAAGAAUACAACAAAAGAUAGAGUUAUUUUGUUUGGUGUGAGCUCGUCAAUUAGCACUUUGAACGUUCCUCACCUAAAAUUAAUCCGUCUGAUUAUUAAGGCAGUGUGGAAUUUGGCAGACUGUGCUAACAGUCCGCCGAAUACCAGCCAGAUUACUUUGCGGUAACAAUUAAUACAACAAAAGAAUGCAUUAAAGAUAAAGUUAAGUUCUGGUCAUGCGAUUGCAUUGUGAAAGAAAAGGUGUGGAAUGGAAAUCAUGUAGCAUGUAAAUAUUGGUGUGAACUGCAAGGUUCUGGAAUCAUCAAAAUCAUAAUAAAUUUAAUGGUGGAUGAUAGUGUUGUUGAAAAGUAAAUGUCAGGUUGAUUUGCAUUUACAGAAGUGUAAUUGAUGUUGUACUGCAAAUUGUAAACACCACGCCAUCACACGUCAUUUGUAGAUCUCCAUUCAGUCAUACCAUUUAAUCUACCAUGGCUUAGCAAAGUUUGUCCAAAAACCCAACAGAGAGGGCCUUUUUAAUACUCAUCUUUCUGGGGCCCGUUCUUUGAUACCAACGACAUGACAGUCACAACUUGAUAUGCUACGGAAAUGUCUUUGAUUUUCCUAAACCGUUUUACAAAAAGCUGACUAGCUAGACAUCUCAUGAUAACGAUACUAUUGGCGGGAAGAGGAGCCUAGGCUUUGUUUUUGAGAUGGGUACCCUCAAAUAUUUUCAUUUGAUAGUUUAAGAAAAAUACAACUUUAUAAUUUUCGUAGUAAAAAUACGAUGCUAUAAGAAUUGCGGCAGAUGUUUUAGGCUUCAACAAAACAGUUAAACGACACAACGCAGGAAAGAGAAAUAGGGAGAAAGAGAAAUAGGGAGGAAGAGAUGGAGAAGGAACAGCAGGACCGCAAGAAGUUUAAUGAAAACCUUCAAGCGAUGAGGGAGACGUAUUCAGAGCAAGUGGUGGAUACCCUGUCAUCCAUGGAUCACAAUGUCUUAGAUCUAGAUCUCACAGCUGAACUACUGCGCUACAUCUCACUGCAAAAACCGGAAGGUGCCAUCCUUGUCUUUCUACCGGGGUGGGAUCAGAUCAGUAAGCUACAUGACAAACUCACCUCCCAGACGCUCUUCUCAGAAGAAAGGUUCAUCAUCAUUCCUCUACACUCUAUGAUGCCUACCAUCAACCAGAGACAGGUAUUUGAACAUCCACUUCCCGGAGUACGGAAGAUCAUCAUAGCAACCAACAUUGCAGAGACUAGCAUCACCAUAGAUGAUGUGGUCUAUGUGGUCAACCUGGGACGAGUCAAAGAAACCAACUUUGAUGUGGCCAACAACAUUCGGACGAUGAAGGCUGAAUGGGUCAGCAAGGCGUCGGCUCAUCAGAGGAGGGGGCGAGCUGGGAGGGUGCAGGAUGGAGAAUGCUUCCAUGUGUACAGCCAGCUAAAGGCUUCUGAAAUGGUGGAAUACCAACUUCCAGAGAUCAAGAGAACUCCCCUUGAAGAACUCUGUCUCAACAUAAAGACCUUGAAGCUAGGCAGUGUGCAUCCCUUCAUCAGCAAAGCUAUGGAAACCCCUGACAUAAGGGCAAUUGAGCUAGCCAUCAGCAGUCUCAAACAAAUGAGAGCCUUUGAUGAUAACGAGGACCUGACAGCUUUGGGAUACCAUCUAUCUCGUCUUCCGGUGGAGCCUCGUAUUGGCAAGAUGAUGCUGUUUGGUGCCAUGUUCUGCUGUCUGGAUCCUAUACUCACCAUAGCAGCAUCUCUCAGCUGGAAGGAUCCAUUCUACAUUCCUCUGGGUAAGGAGAAGCUCGCUGAUGAGAGGCGUAGGGUGCUCUCCAACAACACUCGCAGUGAUCACCUGAUGUUAGCUAAUGCUAUGAGUGGCUGGGAGGACGCUAAGGAACACAGAGGAGAGGGAUCCUACUGCUGGCAAAACUUCAUGUCUUCAAACAUCCUCGGUAUGCUGAGUAAGAUGAAGGGUCAAUUCUGUGAUGUCCUGCAUCGUUUGAGGUUUGUCUCCGACAGAUCACCCAAACACAUUGAUGCAAAUAGAAAUUCAGAGAAUGAGCAGCUUUUGAAGGCAGUGUUGUGUGCCGGUCUCUACCCAAAGGUUGCCCACGUAGAUAAGGUGCCUUUCAAUCGAAAGACGGGACAGAAUAGACCUCCAAGGCUGAGCACCCCAGAGGAUGGUCGAGUUCAAAUCCACCCUAAGUCUGUCAAUGCAAAUGAAACAACCUUCAGCAGUAAAUGGCUGCUCUACCAUCUCAAACUCAAGUCAACAAGUGUCUUCCUCCAUGACACUACCAUGGUUGAGCCUUAUCCCUUGAUCUUCUGCGGUGGUAAGAUCUCUUGGGACGAUGACCAGGGCCAUGAAACGGUCUUCGUUGAUGACCACAUCAAGUUUCACUGCUCUCAGGAGACGGCACAUCUUGUCAUUAAGUUACGUGAGGAGCUAGACAGAGUCAUGGAACAGAAGAUCACCAACCCAGGACCCACCAACUGGAGUCCGGCAAGCCAUGAAGGCAGAGUCAUGAGGGCCAUCAUCGACAUCCUCGUCAUGCAGUCCAGAGAUACCUACGAUAACGAUGAUGAUCAGGGAUUCGUACACAGCGGUAGGGGCAAUAACAGGCACGGUGGUAAUGAUGAUGAUGAUGAUGACUGUUAUGAUGAUGGAGCUGGUGGGGCUGGUGGUGGCCGACAAUAUGGACGGUCCGGAAAUAGGUACAAUAAUGAUGACAGGCCUGGAAGCAGUCAUUGGAGACCAGACUCGCAUCGUAGGAGAAUUCAAGGAAACCAACACCAAGGUUUCUGGACUCAGAAGUAAUGUUGCUUGAUAAUUGAGGUUGACAUCGGAGUUCUCAUCCUGGAAAUCUUCAUAUUGAACUCUAAAUUCAUGAAACACGUACAGUUCGGAUUCUCAUCAUAGCCAUAAUAGAUGAAACCUAUUUACUGGAGUCAAUAUUGAAGGCAUAUGUAACUAACAUUCACAUCAAAAGGAGACAAUCAGGAAACCCUGAUCAGUGACAGUGGACUCAGUUGAUGACGCAUGUAAAUCAGGCUCACAUUGCAAUUAACAUUGAGGAAUUACUCACGUCCUGGACCCUCAAUUUAUGACACAUGAUUAAGUGAUAUUCACAAUAUAGGAGAGAUUAAGGAAACCACGUAUUGUAGCCUUAUCUGCAGUACAUACUCGUACAACUCACAACAUUGAAGACAUUAAUGAAAGUAACUGGGGUACUGAGUUUCUGACCAAAGAAUGAGAUGGUGCUUAAUGCUAAAACUCUAGAUUUAUGAUGAUGUUUGUGGAAAUUAGUUUCAUUGUCUUAACUGGUUUCGAUGAACACCAUCAUUUAUACCCUGUACCUACAUGUAAAUGUAGAGUACCUUACAAAAGUGACCUACGGUAUUCCAAUGCAAUUUUUCACAUACCUGGUAGGUCGAUCUAUUUUCUUUGAAAAUCUACAUUGUAUUGUAGCCUUUGAAUACACUACAGAAUAUUGACUUAAGACUGCAUGCAAAGGGUGGGCAGCACAAUGGCUGAGUGAUAGAGCAGCGUCUCUUAUAAUAAAGUGUUAGCUACUAAAAUGGGAGGUCCUGUGUUUGACACCAAGUCCCUUGGAUAGCACUUGAAGAUGUUGGUCUCCUGGUUCCUUAGUUACAAGCAUACACAUGCCUUCUUAACAAUCAGGUAAAAAAAACAUCUGUUGAACCAAACCAAACCAAUAGUGAAACAGUCUUCGUUGAUGACCACAUCAAGUUUCACUGCUCUCAGGAGACUGCACAUCCCAUCAUUAUAAGUCACAACAGCAACAGUUUUAUAAAAUAAGAAAUUUUGCAUGCAGGAAAUAAAAUGAUUGAAUUAUACAGUUGAGGUUUACGUUUGAUAAUAAUAACAUUAAUACGACAGUGCUUUUAUAGUGCAUAUGACUGCUGUAACUCGAAGGUCCAGGAUUUGAAACCAAUUCAAUGAGCAGGUGCUUUUUGGUAAGGCAUUAACUCUCAUCACCAAGUCCCUAUGAGAGCACUUGAAUAUGUUGGUAUCCUUGUUCCUUAGAUACAAGCAUACACAUGCCUUCUUAGCGGUGAAGAAAAACCUUCAAUCAAAUCAAACCAAAGUAAUACUCCCUUCUGUGGAGUACUUAAAUGCAACACUAUGACAACCUCAUUUCAAUUAUUUAUCCAGUUGUAUUUAUCUCAACCUUCCCAAUAGAUUUGUUUUUUUCCACUAUCUUUAUUGGCUGCGUAUAGUUUUAAAACUAUUUUCAGUUUGGUUUCCUUUUUUAUAAUACAACUUAUUGUAUUUUUUUGCAAAAACACCUUUUGAUAAAAGGGAAUCUUUUGUGUUCUGUGGUUGUAUGAUUAUCGUUGGUGUUAUUUUUUAAACUUCUUUUUAGCUUUAAUAACCUGUGUUUACAAUGAACUGACAUUGUUACAUUCAGAUUUGGAGAAGAUAUCGUCUGUUUGGAGCAGGAAGGGAAUUGAUGCUGUAUAACCUGGUAUGAGUUAAUUCCCUUCUGGCUCCGAACAGACAGAACAUUUGAUGUUUAUACCAGAUUUGUGUACAUUUUCAUUUAUUUUCCACUAGACCUUCUCAUUCUGAAUGGAAAUAAGUUUCACUUUCAAUAUGAUAUAUAUUUGUUUUCAUUAAGGUUUCAUUUCUACAUUAACUGCAUAUGAAAAGAAUGUACAAAGUAACAAAACAUAUAAAUAUAUUCGAUAAAUAGGUGGUAUUAAAACAAUAAAAACGAUGUUAUGCAUGCCAUUAAAUACAAAGGAUGCUUACCUAAUCUGCAAUAAUGAGGAGAAAACCUUGGAAGCAUUAUGCUUGUGAAUAAGGUUCCCUUUACAUUAUACGUUUGUUAUAUAUCAUGGAAUCAACAGCAAUACAAAACUAAAUAUUUACCAAAAUGCUCAGAAGUGCUCUGAAGUGCCCAGCUUCAAGUGUAUGUCGCCCUCAAUUAGCAUGCUAAAAAACAGAACGAAGUGACUGAGAGAGAGAGGUAACAGGCCUAUAACAUGUAUUGUUACGGACAAUGCCUCACCUACUCUUUUACAUCUGUAGUGAUCACGGGCGUAAAUCUGCAAUUAAUACCUAUUGUUCAGGGG